AUGCUUGUUGCCCCAGCUGCUCCUAUUGUCCGCAAACCAGAGCUAGACAGAUAUUCGGUUGUGAGGCACGAGCCUUUUGACGGGCAGCUGUUAGAUCAGUUCCGCAAGACUCAGUUACAUCUCUCAUUCACGGAGUACGAGAGGGCCGUCGACUUCGGUGUACGAGGUGGCAGAGACAACGUGCUCCACUUCGUCGAGGCUCUUGUUACAGUGACGGACCCCGGGGAGAAGGUCGCUGACUUGGACGUACUGAAGGCCCUGGAGAACGAGAAGCUUCUUCGCCGCUUGAGCAUAAAUGGCCGAGAUUAA